UGACGUAAACGGAAGCUGGGAAACCUCGUGGGAGAGCGUGGAAGUGGACUGAGGAGGCAAAGGCAGAAGUGUCAAGGGUCCUUUCCCUGUCGUUGCACCAGACCCUGCACGUGGGGAAUCUCGUGGUGCAGACCUGAGUGCAGAGGACACGGCUCGGUGUCGCGGGGACACGAAAUCUCCCCGGAGCCGCUUUUGCUGCGCGGGGCGGCCUGGGAAAGUCACCAGUCAGCAGCGCAGUAGCGGGAACCACAGCUUGGCGUUCCUGGUUGCUGCUCGGAUGGAAAGGGAUCCUGGCAGUCGGGAGCCAAGGAAUACCACCAGUCACUGACAGCAAGCCAUCUAUUCAUUGUUCCUGAAAGAGAAAGUCAAAGAAAAGAAACAGAAAGAAAUGGCUGAUUCUCCAAUAAACAUAUCCCAGGGUCUGUUGACAUUCUGGGAUGUAGCUGUAGACUUCUCAAAAGAGGAAUGGGAAUAUCUGGACUCUGCUCAGAGGUCUUUGUACACUGAUGUAAUGUUGGAGAAUUACAGCAACCUGGUCUCUGUGGAGAACUAUUGCAUAUGUGAUCCUGUCCAUCAACAUGUGAAGACUGGAAAGAAGUCUUGUCAGUGUAAUGAGCUUAGCAAAGUGCUUCAUGACCCCUCUACAAGUAGACUUUAUAGAACAAGUGAAACUACAGAAAAUGCCAGUAACUACAGAUGCAGUAAUCACAGGGAUGCCUCUAUUGACUCAUCAAACCCAGACAGACAUGAAAGCAUGCACACUGGAGAAGAACAUUGCAAAUCUAAAAACUGUGGGAAAUCUUUAAAUUUCUGUCCCAAUAUUCCUCAAGAUCAGAGACACUACACUGCAAAGAAACAUAAUAGUCAGAGAGAAUAUGAUGACUGUUUUGGCUCUACAUACAAUCUUAUAAAACAAAUAAUCUCCAUUGGAGAGACACCACACCAGUGUGAGAAAUGCAGAAAGAAACCCUACAAGUGCAACAUUUGUGACAAAUCCUAUAACCAGAGUGCAAGUCUUAAAGCACAUCAAAGACUUCAUACUGGGGAGAAACCUUACAAAUGCAAGGAGUGUGGAAAGUCAUUUCGCCUGUUGGUAGUACUUAAGAACCAUCAGAAAUUACAUACUGGAGAGAAGCCUUAUAAAUGUAAGGAAUGUGACAAAUCCUUUCCUGUAAAGUCAACUCUUACAAAGCAUCAGAGAAUUCAUACUGGAGAGAAGCCCUACAAGUGUGAUGUUUGUGACAAAUCCUUUAAUCAGUGUUCACAUCUUAAAAUACAUCAAAGACUUCAUACUGGGGAAAAACCUUACAAAUGCAAAAAUUGCGGAAAGUCAUUUCAUGACUUAUCAGCACUCCAUAGCCAUCAGAAAAUGCAUACUGGAGAGAAGCCUUACAAAUGUAAGGAAUGUGACAAAUUCUUUACUCUAAAGUCAACUCUUACAAAACAUGAGAGAAUUCAUUCUGGAGAGAAACCCUACAAGUGCAACGUUUGUGACAAAUCCUUUACUCAGUGCUCAAGUCUUAAAACACAUCAAAGACUUCAUACUGGAGAAAAACCUUACAAAUGCAAAAAUUGUGGAAAGUCAUUUCCUCAAUUAUCAGCACUUCAAAGCCAUCAGAAAAUGCAUAAAAAGGAAAGGCAUGCUGGAGAGUAGCUUUACAAAUGAAAUGAAUGUGACAGAUCCUGUAGACACUAUUCGUCAUUUAGAAGGCUACAGAAAAUUCAUUCUCUAGAGAAAUUAUACAAAGGCAAAGAUUGUAGGAAGUCCUUUCUUGAAUUAUCACAUCUUAAAAUGCAUCACAGAAUCCACACUGGUGAGAAACCUUACAAAUGUGAGGUCUGUGACAAAUGCUUUGCUGUAACCUCAACUCUUAGAACACACUAGAAAAUUCACACUGGAGAGAAACCUUACAGAUGUAAAGAAUGUGACAAAUCUUCUAAGUGCCCAACUCUUUAGAGAAUAUUAGAAAAUUCACACUGGAAAGUAAACAUACAAAUGCAAAGACUGUGACAUAGCCUUUACCCAGCAUUCAAAUCUGAGAAAACAUCAGAGUUCAUCCUAAAGAGAGAGAUUACUUCUGUAAGGAAUGUGGCAAAUCUUUUACUUGAUGUUCAUGUCUUAGAGUACAUCACAAAGUUCAUGCUGGAGAGAAA